AUGCGAGCGCCGGCUGGGAUGGGGACAGGACCCCCCGUGCUCCCGUGGCGGCGGCUGCUGCUGCUGCUUAUGAGAUACCCACGGCUGUCAGCUCCCAGCCUGCCGUGGUCCUCGCCGUGCGCGGGCAUCGCCCGCGUCCUGCGCCGAAAGGGACCGGAGGAGACGGGGAUUCCUCCUGGCCGUUUAGCCCAGGGUUUUUCUCGUAGCCAAGGAAAGAGAGCGACCGUCUUCCUCUCCAUCCUGGAGGUGAACGGAAACCUCAACUGUAGGUGCGUAAAGACAACUUCGGACUACAUCAGUCCAAAGCGAUACGAAAGCAUUGAGAUAAGACCUGUGGGAAGCACCUGCAGACGCAUGGAAAUCAUAAUUAAAUUAAAAACCCCAGGGAAAGUGUGCGUGAAUCCUGACGCCCCUUGGGUAAAGAAACUGCUGAAGCGUAUCGCUAGCACGAAGAAAAAAUAAGUUUCCUGCUAAGGAAGUGGACGCUCAGAGCCGGCAGAUGACGCGCAGGCGUGCAAACCUGGCCGCUCCUCACUUUGCCCUCGCUUCCCCCCCUCCAUUUUUCCCGAAAGCCCCACGUCCCGGCCCUGGCGUCGGCCGCUGCGGGGAGGGCGGCUCGCUGCUGACCCCAGCCCCGCGGCAGGUUCGUAGGGGUGGUUUUUCCCCCCCCCCCCACUGCAUUCGGUCUCUGGAUCAGCGUGAAUAUGAACCCUUCGUUUAUUUACUUGCCCAUAGGCUGUGAAGCCUUUUUUUGGCGGGGGCUGCUCCCGUCUCUGUAGGAACGACUUUGCGACUCUUUCCGUGCGAAGCGCUCAUCGACGGAGUGUGCGUCUGGGUUUUUUUAUUACGCAGC